GUGAUGAGGCAUGGAAUUUUGAUCUUUAGAGCUUUAACAUGGCGAGCUUCGUUGUGUGCUGUGAUGCUACUGGUAGUCAUAGGGCUGGUGUCUGGGACAGUUUGCCCCUCGUCGUCUAGGCUCCCACCUAGUCUUGGGACAAGCGGAAGCAUUGACAUGAGAGGAUUACAAUUUGAGCCUAAGGGAUUUUUGGUUCGCGAUCCCCAAAGAAUCACCUCUUUGAUUGGGAUYAGAGGUGGUGGAAUUAUAUCCAUCGCCUCGGAUUUCAACGAAUACAUUGGUUCAAAUAAAAAUAGAUCCUGGGCAGUUUUAGCGCUUUCUGUCCUCGCAGACACUUGCUCUGUCACACUUAUGAAAACUGCACAGGCCGAGUCGUCGUUGAAAAAACUGGCGCUCUCAUUUUUGGGUUUUUUUAUAAGGUGAGGAUAGGCGCGAGUCUUUCUCCAAGUUGMGAUAGUCUCAAUCUCCUCGUUUUACUAACUUUAUUAUGCGGAACUUCGAUAAUCAAAUGCAGCCUUGGUGGGUUUGCGGUCUCCCUAAAGUCAAUUGACGUCAGUAUCGCCUACGCAGUAAGUCCUAGUGCGACAAAGAAAAGGUUUAUGUGGGAUAUCAUGACUUCGUCGCUGAAAACUUGUAUUCACUAUUUUGCGUUCUUCUACUUUAAGGUCUGGGCCGCUUUUGGCACUGCUAUCAUUUCUGUCGCAGGAGUCGUAUUUUUUGGUGAGCGUUUAGAUGCAACAAAAAUUGUUUGUCUUUUCAUGAUAGUUCUGGGUGUUGUCGGAUUGGAAAUAUCAGACAGGCACGACGUCAGUGCAAUUGUAUAAGAAACGAAUUAGAAUGAACGGAAUGAACGAUUGAAGCGAAACCAUGCACAYUAUGACAGGAAUACCCUUGUGGGGUUUUGAAACAGUGGUAAGUUCUCGGCAAUCAUUGAAAUCCAAAAAAAGAUUACCAACAUGCAGCGAUUGUUUAUGAAUUGGGAGGGGUGGAUUUUUUAGUCAACUGCAAUCUUAUCGCCCAUCGACUUCUCGAUCAUGCUCCUGUAGUACCCCUUUUCAAUAGACAUCAGCUCAGUGUGGCACCCUAUUUCAAUGAUUUGCCCCUCUUUAAUCACUCCAAUGCAAUCUGCGUUCCUGACAGUGCGUAGCCUAUGUGCAACGACUACUGUUGUUAUGGAUUUACUUUGUUUCAAAAGACUGUCAAUGCUCUUUUGCACCACCAUUUCGGAAUCCGCAUCGAGGGCUGAGAGAUAUAGGGACAUGUAAACAGAAAGAUGAACAUAAGCUUCGACAAUUUCUCGUUGAGAAUUUCUAUCGUGUACUAUAGUUGGACGCGGGAUUACAUACCUGAUGUGGCUUUGAUCAAAUCAAGUUGUAGAAAGAAAGAAAAUGUACAUGAAUUUUUCGUAUUACGAUAUUUUUGUACCAAGCAUUUGCGGUACUUACCUUCAUCGAGAAGGAGAAGAGAGGGAUGACGAAUGAUUGCUCUACUAAUAGCGAUUCUACAAUUGAAAGUGUUAAUCAAGACAAGUUAAGAGUCAGUUGAAGUCAUAGUUGAACAGAUAUUGUUCGAUUGAUCGCAAUUUUCCAAAAAAUAAGAUCUAUCAUUAUUGCAGUUUCCACAGAAGCAACUCACCUCUGUUUCUGGCCACCUGAAAGCUGCAAUCCUCGCUCACCGACCUAUUUAUACCAUAUACAUACAUAUCAUAUUGGUCACAUGUUGAAAUUGAACAAAGAGUCGAGGCAACGGCAAACAUAAGAGAAUAAGACACCGACUUCAAACAAAAACUUACCUGCGUUUCGUAGCCUUUCGGAAAGUCGGAUAUGAAGUCAUGAGCAUUGGCACGCUUAGCUGCAUCUAUAGCGUCUUCCGUUGUUGCAUUUGGCAUCCCAUACAUUAUGUUAGACAAAAUUGUGCCAGAAAAUAAGAUUGGAUCCUGUGUUACGAUGCCAAUACGAUGGCGAUGAAGUUUCAGAUCAAGAGACCGUAUAUCCUGUCCAUCAACUAGGAUGCGUCCAGAAGAUGCGUCGUAGAAUCUUUGUAAUAAAUUCACAAUAGUGCUCUUACCACAGCCACUAGGGCCUACCAACGCAAACGUACUCCCGGCACAGAUAUCCAAAUUCAUAUUUCUCAAGAUAAGUUGUUCGGGUCUUGACGGGUAAGAAAAUUCAACAUUCUCG